AUGUUGUUGAUGAAGAUGGUGAUGAUGAUUGAUACUUAUUCUGUUGGCCAAGGCCUCAGCAUCAUCCAGAAGAAUUGCACGACAUUAACAUUUGAGGAAGGGACUCCCGCCGUUGCUGCUGCUGCUGCUUCUGCUUUUGCUGCUUCAAACAUGAGGAUGAUUGUUGAGGAAGGGGAAUUGGGAUGGAUGCAUGGAAUAGAAGAAAAUUGUGAUGAUGAUGAUGGAAGGAGAAGUCUUCCAGAAGGCUCUUUACUUCAAAUCUGGAACGGCAGCGGUGGCAGCAGUAGCCCGGCAACAAACAUACAGAUUUUCGAAAAGCUUCCUGAACGCGAUAGAUAA